AUCAAUCAUGGAGUCCUACGUGAUGAGCUGUAAAUAUGCUGAGUCGCAGUUCCUGCCUUGUGAAGAAGAUUACAGUAAUUUUACUAACCAGGGGGGGUAUUACAACAACAACAACCACAACAACAACCCCCAGGACUGCGGUAGUUAUGAAGGGGGGUAUCACCAGCCCCUGCAGCCCCCGGCGCCACCAAAUAUACCACAACAAAGCGACUAUCCGCACUCUUUGCAGGCGCAUCAUCACCCGGAGGACGGAGACAAACUCGGAAAUCAACAGCCUCAGCAACAACAAAAUGACGCGGAGUCCUUCUUCGGGUACGGGGACGCGCAGGAUCCCGGCAGCAAGGACAGGUUCUCCCUGCACCCUGAGCUGCGGUGCCAGGCCUGGAUGACCUGCAGCGGUGCCAACAACAAGCCCGUUCAGGUGCAGAGGAGAGCGGCGUGCCAGAGCAAGGACAAGCCGCCGUUUGUUGUCUACCCGUGGAUGAAGAAGGUGCACAUCGCUCAAGGUAACGCAACGUAACGUAACGUAACGUAAUCUUUCUUUUCUCUCUCUCUUUCUUUCUCUCUUUCUGUCCAAUUGAUUUGUCCAUCUGUGAGCACACAUUUUGUCUAGUUAUUUACGACCUAAGUGCGAGCCAGUAAGAAUUAUGGCCCCCAUAAAGUUUUACAGCCUUGUCACGCCGU